AAGUGUCCGGACUGCAAGGGGGUGAAAGUGUCCAGACAGGAAGGGGGUGAAAGUGUCCGGACUGGAAGGGGGGGGAAGUGUCCGGACUGGAAAGGGGGGAAAGUGUCCGGACUGGAAGGGGGUGAAAGUGUCUGGACUGGGAAGGGGGGAAAGUGUCCGGACUGGAAGGGGGUGAAAGUGUCCGGACUGGAAGGGGGUGAA